UCUGAAUCAGUUUUUGUUAGAAAGUUUCAGAUUUUAGCAACGUUUCGAAUAUGAAAAUAAGGAAAGGUCAGAGUCAAGAGGUUUCUUACAGUUUUUUGGGAUAUGACCAUGUAGCUGUAGAGGUUCACAGUGAGAUCUGCCAACAAAGCUCUUUGUUUCUUGGGUCCUAAGAUGAGCAUUUCUGUUUUUGUUGAGUUUAAAAGCAAGAAGGUCUAUCUGGUGCGAACGGAAUGUUCUACUGGAAAAACCAACCUUUGUAACCACGGGAAUCUGUGGUUUUGAGGGCUCGACCUAUGAGCUCAAAUACAGGCGUCAGUGACGAUACACGAAACACCACAGCGGGCGGGGAGCUCGUAUGAGUAACACUUGUACAGUACAGUGGUAGACAUUGAUACAUUGCGUACCGUGCAUACUUUCAAGAUUGAAUUCCUUGGUUGUGACAGGUGCACCUGGACAACGUCGACUUUUUACGGAUCCCUUUUGAUUGGCGGUGCUUGUCCACAUGCGGCCUAGACUGCAAAGAGUAAUUUUAAGUGCAAAUUUAGAAGAAAGAAGAACCCCAGAGCGGAACCAGAGCCAAGGUCAGACCACUCCUGGACUUGAGUUCAACGAACCUGUAGUGCUUUACCAGGAAGGACAGCCUGGAGCUGGCCGUAUUCACCUCAGUUCUUAAUGGAUUCCAAAGACUUGUAUAAAUGAUUCAUAGAGACAAGAAGACAACGGCUUUCCUGCAGCAGGACGAUUUAGGGGCAGGUCAGGACUCUGUCUCUCCAGAGGAGAAAUGGGAUCUGCCCCGGUCGACAUUGGGUUUGUCCAGUCCAGAGACAUCUUCCCCUCCCUGGCCACAGGAUUGGGAGGGUGGGACUUCCAAACCCAGCACCCAAGGGGUGGGUGGAGGGGUCCCCAAUCCUAACCCCUAUCUAAGACACAGAACCUCAGAGACAGAUGUUCCCGACAGUGGGGUAGCGUUUCUUCCUCCGGUACCUCUAAGGAGCCGUGUUUCGACCAUCAACCAGAACAGGUUCUCCUGUGACCUGGCUGUCACAGCCAGAAACAGUCAUCUCGAUACCUGGAACGUGGAACUGAUAGACACUCCACAUGGCAGCACCAAGCCACUGUCUUCUCUCUGCAUGUCAACAUCGAAACUGCUAUCCAGAUACCCUCACACUGACCAGAUGUGUAACACCGGGGUGGUGUGGGGUCGUGUGUUACCUAUCCACCUCAGCCUGCUGCAGGAUGUGAAGAUCACCGUCAACGUAUCAACUCCCUGGGUUCCUCACCUGUUACCCAUCCCCACCAGCUUGAACACAACGGUGCAAAGCCUGAUCGAUCAAGUUUUGCUGCUCCUGGAUCAGACGGCACCAAGCGCCGGACACUGCCUCUUGAAGCUCUGUGACUCGGAUGAGUACCUCAGAAAUCAGGAGAUGCUGGGUUUACACGAGAGCAUCCAGACCUACCAUCAGUUCUCCCUUGAAGUUCCUCUCAGACUACUGCACACUACAGUCCUCCAGAACCUGUUGGCCCGGGACGCUGAGGACAGCAGAGCUCCGUGUCACCUGUACAAGCUCAUUGACUCUCCUGUUGUCUCCAACCCUUUAAGGUUAAGCUUGCAAGUGAAGCUCAGAAGCUACACCAACAGGGUGAACAUACUAAUAAGGACCCAGUGCGGGACCAAUGUUGACCCGCUGGUGGAUGAGGUGCAUGGAAUCGUCAGCCUGCUGUGUGGCAUAACUACGGCCAAUCUGGAGGAGGCCAUCGGCAGGCUACUCAGGAUCAAACCCACAGCCCUGGACAAUUUGGAAAUGUAUGAGUGUGAGACAGCAUUGGUGAUGCUGCACCAGGCUCUGGGGAAUCUGCUUAACGUCUUCUUCGACAACUUCAGCUACGACUUCCGGAGUCUGAAUGUGUCCCCCAGCCUUCCAGUCCGUGAUGCAAACCAGAACUAUGACAUCCUACAGCUCAACAUAGCAGCACUCUAUGGACUGCAGCACAACUGGCUCAACAGUUUUGAUUACUUCUCCAUUUCCUGUUCGUUGACGUUUGGAGGGAAGAACAUCUGUGAGAAAGGCCUAUCUGAAAACAUCAGCACUGCCCUGUCGCUUGGCAACAAGAUCCAGUGUAACCGCAUGAUGGUGUUCCCUGUACUGAUAUGGCAGCUGCCCUACGAGUCCAUGUUGUCCAUAACUCUGCAGGCGUCCAAGCAGGGGAAGAGCCCUGAGAUGCUUCGCUGGGCAGUCCUGCCGCUAUACAGAAACAAGACCCUAGUGAGUGGGACAGUCCUAGUCAGUAUGUCGAUGCUGGAGGAGCUGUCUGACCCUCCGUCACCUGCCCUGUCAGACAGCCACAGCCAGGCCACUGGCAUCAUCAUGCAACUGGAGUUCCCAGAGACGGCACGGUGGAGGUAUGACAGACCCAUCUCCCUGCCAGGCUCUGUCCUGUUCAGUCCCCCGUUUGACGAGCUGCGCAGGAAGAUAUCUGAGAUGUCCCAGAAACACUGUGUUUGCUUUCUGUCUGAGAAUGAGAAGGCACUUCUGUGGAGUAAGAGACACAGCUGUGAUGAGAACAUCACCGUCCUGCACUUACUGCUGAGUGGCGCCCCCCACUGGGGUCCGGAGGAACUGGCUGAGAUCUACACUAUCGUGGAGAAUUGGACCCUCCACCACCCUGAAGAGGCUCUGUUUUUAUUGAGUAACAGUUUCCAUGACCAGGCAGUGCGGACCAAGGCAGUGCAGCACUUUCAGCAGAUCACUGAUGAAGAUCUGGAGGAGUUCCUUCCCCAGCUGGUUCAGGCUCUGAAGAGUGAGUGGGAGCUGGAUGGACCUCUGGUGAUGCUGCUGUUGGAAAGGUCACUGAAGAAUAUCAGGAUCGCUCAACAGCUCCUCUGGCUGUUAGUAGAUUCCCAGAACGAUGCCCAUUACCGGAGCUGGUUCAGUAAGGUCCAGGCUGCUCUGAGUUACUGCUGUGGAAAGGCGCUGAGGCAGGAGCUGGAGCGCCAGGUGUGCCUGGUCAAUCUGCUCACACAGGUGGCCGAGAGUGUCCGGACCGCCGACAAGAACCAGAGGAAGAACGUCUUAACAAGAGAGAAGAGGAAAAUUGAAGGCUUUUUCACGAACGGGGUUAGCUGUCGUCUGCCACUGGACCCAGCCGUCCUCGUGAAGGGAGUGAAAAUGGACGUGUGUAAAUUCUACAACUCCAAUACCGCUCCCCUAGGCGUCACCUUCGUCAACAUGGACCCCCUGGGCCGGGACAUCAGUGUCAUCUGCAAGACAGGGGACAACCUGCGGCAGGACAUGCUGGUUCUGCAGAUAGUGCGUGUGAUGGACAGGGUGUGGCUUCGGGAGGGGCUGGACAUGAGGAUGGUCACGUACCGCUGUCUGUCUACAGGUCCAGACCAAGGUCUGGUGGAGGUGGUCCCAGAGGCAGUGACCCUGGGUAAGAUACAGCAGGAAUGGGGUCUAGGAGGAACCCUAAGAGAAGACACACUGGAGAAAUGGUUCCACAUGUGGAACAAGACAGAGGAGGACUACGAGGGGGCGGUCAUUAAUUUCCUCCACUCCUGUGCCGGAUGGUGCGUUGCCACCUUCAUCCUGGGAAUCUGCGACCGCCACAACGACAACAUCAUGCUCAAGCCCAGAGGUCACGUGUUCCACAUCGACUUCGGCAAGAUCAUGGGCAAUGCACAGAAGUUUGCCAGCAUUAAAAGGGACCGGACUCCGUUUAUAUUUACCUCGGAGAUGCUGCACUUCAUCACUGGCGGGGGUCAGAAUCCCGUUCGCUUCCAACGCUUUGUGGAGCUUUGCUGUGAGGCCUACAACAGCAUCCGCCGGCGCAGCGCCUUGGUGCUCAGCCUGCUGCAACUGAUGCUGGGGGCAGGGAUGCCAGAGAUGAAGGACAUCCAGGACCUGCAGUAUGUUCAGAAGAACCUGAGACCUCUAGACUCAGAGAUGGAGGCCACCUCCUACUUCACCAAAAAGAUCAAGGAAAGCAUGGACAGCUUCCCGGUCAAGCUCAACUUCCUGUUCCACAACCUGGGCCAGUCCUCUGGGAAGAAGCCGGCUCCACCCGUUCCUGCCCAGAGCUCCUCCCCCAACACCAACAUUCAGGAAGCUGUCAUACAUAGUUACAGUGGGAAGGGAAAGAAUGUGACAUACGAGAUGCGGGUGACCAUUGAGGACGGAUACCUGAUCAGUGAGAAGACGUUUGGUCAGUUUGAGUUGAUCCACAAAGAGCUGCAGAAGCACUUCAUAGAGUCUAAACUACCAGAAUUCCCCAAAUGGUUCAAGAUGUCCUUCACGCCACGCUGGAAAAUGUCGGCGCUCAACAAGUAUCUGAAGGAACUGUUUGAGGGACCAUGUAAAGGGAAUGAGUUUGUGUGCAAGUUGUUCCUGGAUGGGCCAAAGAACGUCAAUCCCACAUCUGUGGCAUCCAACCAAGAUGGUGAACCCCAGAUCCAGCUCUACAUGUCCCACAGUGACAACAAGCUCUCUGUCCUGGUCAAACACCUCAAGAACAUUAGGUUGGCCAAUGGGUCGUGUCCAGAUGCCUACGUGGUUACCAAGCUAUGCCCAGAUCCUCAGAAUAAGACCAAGAGGAAAACCAAAGUGGUCCGCAACAACCACAACCCUACCUUCAACGAACUGAUAGAAUACAAAGACCUAUGUUCACUGCAAGGUUGUGUGUUGGAGGUGACAGUGAAAAGCCGGAAGACCUUUGUGGCUGUGGCACUCGUGAAACUGGAGCCCAAAAACAUGGACAAGGAGGAAUGGUUCCACCUGGGCGUCCAGUGGCCUCGAUCAUAUUCAUCAAAGUACUUCAUAGCAUAAUGUUUUACAGCGAUAAAAUAAUCCUGUGUGAUAUCCUGUUCAUUUGUUCACUAUGUUUAAAGACAUCUCUGAUUGGACAAGUGGAUAGGACCUUACGAUCAAUAUGGGUUGUAAUGUUUUUUCACCACGGGACAAGCCUUGAGAUGCUGUGAUGCUAGCCUGACACCACUAGGGGGCAGUGUCACGCAAGGGUAUUUCCAUUCGCAGGGGUCAUUGGAUUCCAGUUCAGUCAGUGUCUGUUCUAUUAACGCGGAUCUUUAAAUCCGCUUACCCAGCGUUUAAGGAGAACUCCCUCCUGCUCUUUCUCGUCGAUGAGAAUGUAGUGGAAAAUGAAAUGUUACAAAUGUUACUCCGCUACAAUGGCAACUGUUUACUGAGACUUCUCCAACAUGGGGAAUGAUCUAUGCCAUAUUUCUUUUUCUUACUAUUUCUAAACAUGAACUAAAUGAAGGAUGUUGUUUUGGAAAUGUUUAUCUAUUAAUUAUAGCCGUUACUGAACAAAUAAUGUAACCUGUUUAAACGUGUCUGCAGAUAAUGUGUUAUAGAA